AUUAUCAUCCAGUUCAAACCGGCGCAUUUCACAUAUCUCCUGUCCAACACGAGCCACUGAGAGUUAAAAACACUCGUGUCUGGACACGAGACCCACUUUAGAGGUCCAGUAGAAGAGCUGGAGGUCACUGCUGGUCAGACGUGGUCUGCAGCUCUGUGUGCAUCCAAAGAGAAGCCUCUGAACAGGCAGGUGAUGUGAGCAGGUGAGGAGCUGCAGGAACUCAUGAGCUCAGAGGUGGCGACGCUGCAGUCAUGUGACUGAGGUGCAGUUUGUUUAUAGGCUAACAAUCUCAGCUGUUACUUUAGUCGUACUUGUGUUUUCUUGACUGACUGAAGGAGCUUUGAUAAACUCACACAGCACACAAAGGAUUUCUAAACUGCAGCGUUUGCAGGUCAGGUUUAAGAAGGCCGUACUUGAACGUGAUUGGCUCAGAGCUCAGACCUUUGCUCCUGUUACCCCUCCUUAUACUGAGGCUUCCUAAUGUGGUAACAGACGGCUGUGAAAGAGCUGAAGUGAAAGUCUGCAGCUCACACUGACCCUCGGUGCUCAUCCAGACACCAUGAAGACGGCACCUCUGCUCCCCGGUGUGUGUGUGCUGCUGCUGUCUGCACUGACUGUUUCUGCAGUGUCUCUGUCUGUCAGUCCAGACCUUCAGCAGGUCUUCAGCGGAUCCUCUCCAGUGUCUCUGAGCUGUGAUGAUGGAUGGACGGUGAGGAGGACCAGAGGAAACCAGACCGAUGAGUGUGGAGCAGCGGCAGACUUCGCUAGACUUGAGGAGUCCUUGUGUGUUCAGGACUUUGAAACAACCUUCACGGCGAUUUACUGGUGUGAAACCAGCUCUGGGCAGAAGAGUGAUGAAGUCACCAUCAGUGUUUCAGAAAAAGGAGUGAUCCUGGAGAUCCCGGCACUUCCUGUGACAAAAGGAAGUAAUCUCACUCUGCGUUGCAGGCUCAGCACUGGUGACACGGUGGCAGCUUACUUCUUCUACAGUGGACGUCGUCUUGUAUCUGGACAUAAAGAGCACACCAUCUCCAACGUGCAGCAGUCUAAUGAGGGUUUCUACUGGUGUGCUACUGAUCUGAGUGGAUCCUCUGCUCAUAGCUACCUGAGGGUCAGAGAUCCCCCGACGACCUCCGUCAGAUCAUCUGUCCAUUCUCGUGAAACCAUGUCCCCCUCUCUUCCCCCUCCUCCCACCAACUGUUCCUCACCUCGUCCUCCUCCUGCUCCUUCUUCUUGUGUGCCUGUGUUGAGACUCCUCUCCCACCUGCUGGCCUUUUGUAUUUACUCCAUCACCACCGGCCUGCUGCUGUCCAUCUGCUUGGACCGGCUGGCCACCAGGCGCUCAGGUAGAUACCUGCACACAGGUGCACCACUGCUGCUGUCCUGCUGCCAGCUCUGACUCUAAAAUCACAAACGUCUGCGCUGCCUUAGUUAGGCUCACAUACUAACCUUUAUACACCCAAAUAACAGCA